AAGGCGUUCGAUGUAUAUAAAGAGACUGAAGGAGCUCGCUGAGGUCGGAAAAGCUCAGCGUAAAGAUGAAGAAACAUUUUAACCUGUAUGAGAAUAUGACCAACAUGGACCCCUUCGAGGGUCCUCAGUAUUAUAUCGCCCCGAUGUGGGCAUUUCACGUACAGACCGCCUUCAUGAGCUUCGUUCUCUUCUGUGGCUGGCCGUUAAACACUCUGGUUCUGCUGGCUACUAUUAAGUACAAGAAGCUUAGAGCUCCUCUCAACUACAUGCUGGUCAACAUCUCCUUCGCUGCCUUCGUCUUCCUUACCUACUCAAACACUCAGGUGUGGGCCGCGGCCGUGAAGGGCUACUACUUCCUCGGUUACACCUUGUGUGCCUCAGAAGCUGCGGUCGCCGCGGGAACAGGUCUGGUGACGUCCUGGUCUCUUGCUGUGCUCUCCUUUGAGCGGUACAUUGUGAUCUGUAAACCGUUUGGAGCGUUUAAGUUUGGGAACGCUCAUGCCGGUGCCGCCGUCGCCUUCUGUUGGAUCAUGGGGUUUGGCGCUGCCUCGCCACCUCUUUUUGGGUGGAGCAGGUUUAUCCCCGAGGGGCUGAACUGUGCCUGCGGACCCGACUGGUACACCAGAAACGAGGAGUUAGGCACCACCAGCUACAUGUACUUCCUGCUUACUACCUGCUUCUGCAUCCCUCUGUCUGUCAUCAUCUUCUCCUACUCCCAGUUACUGGGAGCUCUAAGAGCUGUUGCCGCCCAGCAGGCAGAGUCGGCGUCCACCCAGAAGGCUGAGAAGGAGGUGUCCAGGAUGAUCAUCGUCAUGGUGCUCUCCUUCUGCGCCUGCUACUGCCCCUACGCCAUAACUGGUCUUGUGUACGCCAACUCUUCAGACGCAAACAGGGAUUACAGACUCGUUACCAUCCCAGCUUUCUUAACCAAGAGCUCCUGCGUCUACAACCCCCUCAUCUACAUCUACAUGAACAAGCAGUUUAAUGCCUGCAUCAUGGAGAUGGUGUUUGGAAAGAAAAUGGAAGAUGCAUCUGAAGUGUCUUCAAAGACUGAGGUGUCCACAGCAUCGUAAUGUUUGGAGCAAAACUCAUAAGGACAUUUGACUUCCCUAAAGGACUUUUAAACUUUUUGGUUCAGAGGAUCCACAGGAAAAAGCACCAUGUAAAUACAGUUUACAUAUAAAAAGACCAGAUGAAAUUUACUGUAGUAUGCAUUUGUAUAGAUAAAAGCAACAAAAAAAACUAAAUAAAAAUAUGUUCAAUUUA